AUGUCCAAUGAGAAGAGACCAUAUGUGUCUAUUCACCAAGAUCAAGCGCAUUCAUUACCAGUUGCUUCCCAAUUAAUCAAUUCCCAAGUAGAAUUAACCCCAUCUCAAGAACAAAUCCUUAAAAAAGUAAAACGACCUAAUGGGACUGAAGAACCUUCAGAAUUCGAAAGAGAAUUAUUAGCAAUGACUCAAAUCGCUAAUGAAUUCGAUAAUGAAGAAGAUCAACAAUGGUCAAGACCUCCUUUGGAAGCCGGUUUCGAUCCCAUGCUUGAAGAUGUCAGUUUUCAACAAUUAGAUGCUGAAGAAUUUAAUGAUUAUAAUGAUAAUACAUGUGCUAGAUUCUUUGGGAUUACGGAAGCUGGUCAUUCUGUGUUAUGUAAUGUUACUGGGUUUAUUCAUUAUUUAUAUGUUCCUGUCCCCAAGGGGUUUUUUAAAGAUGUUCAUUUACAAGAUUUUAUUAGAUAUUUGAAAUUUAAUUAUGAAGGAAUUAUUGAUGUAAAGAUUAAAUUAAAAGAAUCAAUUUGGGGUUUCAAUAGAAAUAUUAAAACUCCAUUUUUCAAGAUCUUUGUUAAUAAUGUUAAGAAUAUUACAAAAUUAAGAGGAUCAGUAGAAAGAGGUGAUAUUCAUUUCGAAAACUUAUUCCCUCCUCAAAAUGUUUCAUAUGAUAAUAUUAAUUACUUAUUACGAUUAAUGAUUGAUUGUAAAAUCACGGGAAUGUCUUGGAUCACAUUACCAAAAACCAAAUAUAAAAUCGUUGAACCUCAUCUCAAAAUCUCCGCUUGUCAAAUCGAAUGUUCAAUCGAUUUCAAAGAUUUAGUAUCACAUCCAUCAGAAGGAGAUUGGUUAAAAAUGGCCCCACUCCGUAUCUUAUCAUUUGAUAUCGAAUGUGCUGGUCGUAAAGGGAUCUUCCCCGAGGCUGAGCAUGACCCCGUGAUUCAAAUCGCAAAUGUUGUCCUGAGAUCAGGUGAUCCGAAACCAUUUGUAAGAAAUGUAUUCACAGUGAAUACAUGUUCAUCAAUCAUUGGUUCACAAAUAUUCGAACAUGAAAAGGAAGAGGAAAUGUUGAUGCAUUGGAAAGAAUUCAUAACUGAAGUAGAUCCCGAUGUUAUUAUUGGUUAUAAUACUGCCAAUUUCGAUAUUCCAUAUUUGUUAGAUCGUGCCAAGGCGUUGGGAUUAAAGAAAUUCCCAUAUUUCGGAAGAUUAAAGAAUAUGAAACAAGAAGUUAAAGAUUCGGUUUUUAGUUCGAAAGCAUAUGGGACUAGAGAGAAUAAAGUGGUUAAUAUUGAUGGUAGAAUGCAAUUGGAUUUACUUCAAUUUGUACAACGUGAAUAUAAAUUAAGAUCAUAUACUUUAAAUUCCGUAUCGGCUCAUUUCUUAGGUGAACAAAAAGAAGAUGUUCAACAUUCGAUUAUUACUGAUUUACAAAAUGGAACUAAAGAGACUAGAAGAAGAUUAGCAGUUUAUUGUCUAAAAGAUGCUUAUUUACCCAUGAGAUUACUUGAUAAACUUAUGUGUUUGGUUAAUUAUACCGAAAUGGCAAGAGUUACAGGUGUACCGUUUUCUUAUUUAUUAGCAAGAGGACAACAAAUUAAAGUCAUUUCUCAAUUAUUUAGAAAAUGUCUUGAAGAAGAUAUCGUGAUUCCAAAUAUGAAAUCUGAUGGUCAAGAUCAAGAUUAUGAAGGUGCAACGGUUAUAGAACCAAAAAGGGGUUAUUAUGAUGUUCCUAUUGCUACAUUGGAUUUUAGUUCUUUAUAUCCUUCAAUUAUGAUGGCUCAUAAUUUAUGUUAUACUACGAUUAUUAACCAACAAGCGAUUAAAGCAUUUGGAUUAACUGAAGAUGAUUAUACACAUACUCCUAAUGGUGAUUAUUUUGUUAAAUCGCACAAGAGACAAGGGAUCUUGCCUACGAUUUUAAAUGAAUUGUUGACUGCUAGAAAGAAAGCUAAAGCCGAUUUGAAAAAAGAGACUGAUCCUUUUAAGAAAGAUGUUCUUAAUGGUAGACAAUUGGCAUUGAAAAUUUCUGCAAAUUCGGUAUAUGGAUUCACGGGUGCCACGGUGGGGAAAUUACCAUGUUUGGCAAUUUCAUCAUCAGUGACUGCAUUUGGAAGAGAAAUGAUCGAAAAGACGAAAAAUGAAGUUCAAGAACGUUAUUCCAAAAAGAAUGGACAUCCUUAUGAUGCUCAAGUUAUUUAUGGUGAUACUGAUUCUGUGAUGGUUAAAUUUGGAUAUCAAGAUUUAGAAACUUGUAUGAAAUUAGGUGAAGAGGCGGCAAAUUAUGUUUCUACGAAAUUCAUAAGCCCAAUUAAAUUAGAAUUCGAAAAAGUAUAUUUCCCAUAUUUGUUAAUUAACAAAAAGAGAUAUGCUGGGUUAUAUUGGACCAGACCCGAUAAAUUCGAUAAAAUGGACACCAAGGGGAUCGAAACUGUCAGAAGAGAUAAUUGUCGAUUGGUUCAAAAUGUGAUUACAAAAGUCUUGGAAUUCAUCUUGGAAGAACGUGAUGUUGAAAAAGCUCAACGAUUCGUGAAACAGACAAUUGCGGAUUUAUUACAAAACCGAGUCGAUUUAUCUCAAUUAGUCAUCACUAAAGCAUAUUCCAAACAUGAAUAUUCGGCAAAACAAGCCCAUGUCGAAUUGGCAGAACGUAUGAGGAAAAGAGAUCCCGGUUCUGCACCAACAUUGGGUGAUAGAGUUGCAUAUGUGAUUAUUAAAUCGGGUGGUGAUAAAAACUAUGAAAAAUCGGAAGAUCCAUUAUAUGUAUUGGAAAAUUCUUUACCGAUUGAUGUGAAGUAUUAUUUAGAACAACAAUUAACCAAACCUUUGGAAAGAAUCUUUAUUCCAAUUUUGGGAGAACUGAAAACCAAAGAAUUAUUAGCUGGGUCACAUACGAGAACCAUCAAGAUGGCGACGCCCAAGACGGGGGGAUUGAUGAGAUUUGCCAAGAAGUCGGAAGUUUGUGUCAGUUGUAGAACUCCAUUGAGGUCGGACAAUCAUGGUGCACUUUGUCCGAAUUGUAUACGAGAGGGAAAGGGACCGGAAUUGUAUUCCCAGGCGUUGUCACAGAUGAAUUAUUUGGAGAGUAAGUUUUCGAGAUUAUGGACGGAGUGUCAAAGAUGUCAGGGAAGUUUACAUCAGGAAGUGUUGUGUUCGAAUAAGGAUUGUCCGAUCUUUUAUAUGAGAACGAAGGCGCAGAAGGAUGCGAAUCAACAAGCUGCUGAACUUAUCAAAUGGGAUAACACAGACUGGUAG